CCAACCUGUUGUUGCCUCACAUGCUGAUGCUGCCGGGCAAUGGCGGCUGCAAGGCAGAUGCAGAUGCUGGUGACGCGCUUCGAGCGCCUCUCGCGGCGGAUCAGCUUGGCGGGGCUGACUUCCAAUCACAAGGCUGUGGAGGCCAUCGCUGCAGGCCGCGUGAAGGUCGAUGGGAGGGUUGCCACCACCAAUUUCAAAGUCUUCCAGCAGGCGCACGUGACGCUAGAUGGCCUCACCGUGCCUCCUCCCGAUCCGGAACCCAAGCUGUGGGCCAUGUUCAAACCCAGGAAGGUGAUCUGCGAGAAUGUGGAGCGCGAGGGCAUGGAAAGCCUUCGGAGCCGCAUGAGGCGGUGGGGAGAGAAGGAGAUGAAGCGAGCGGGCAAAGCAGGCGGUGUGGGCCUAGAAGAGGAGAACUUGCAGGACAAGCACUGGGUCAUCGUGACGGGGUUGCCCUAUGCCUUUGACGGCCUUGUGCUGCUCACCAACGAUGGUAUCUUUGCGGAGACCCUGGCCAGCGCCGAGAGCAACGUGCUCAGCGCCUUCGAUUGCAAGGUUCAAGGCGAUCCGCCAGUGGAGCUCUUGCACAAGUGGCGCACUGGCGCUCGCGCGGCUGGUGUCAAUUAUGGCAGGGUUUUUUGCAGUGUCACUAAGCGCACUGGAGCGACCUUCCGGUUGCGCGUGCGAUAUGUGGAGUCGCCAGAUCGGCCUGUCGACAUGUUGCUGGACUCGCACCGCAUGCGUGUCCAGACAGUGCGACGCCAUUCCUUCGGUCCGUACAUUGUCACAGACGUUCCAAUGGAUUUUGUGACGCGAGUUCCAAUCCACAAAAGCAUCAGGCACCUGCUGCCGGUGGCAGACAUGCGGCAGGCCUUGGUGCCGACCCAUGGCUCUAUGCUGGAGGCGGGGAAUCUGCGGAAGCCUGGCCUGGUGAACUCGGUGGUGCCAGACCCCGACGAGGAGCCUUUGCAGCCCCCACUGACCUGACACGGCAAA